AUGGACGGCCAGCACGACGGCUUACCGUCCUUCGGUGGCCACGCCUCCGGCUUCUUUCUCGACCCGUUGGACGUGGAACAUCUUAACGACCAUUUCACCGGUGGCGUCACUUUGCCAGUAUCGCACGAUGAGUCCUGUAUGGAUUUGAACUUCGACCAUAUUGCCUGCAGAGGCCCGGAUAGCAACAACCAACACCACCCUGUACCCAACCACAACCACCCUCUCACCCUGAACACCAUGCCGAUGCAUGCCCGAAGACACCACAGCCUAUCCACGAUGCCUACACUACCCAACUACUUCGAUCCCCGAGGCCAAAUGCCCUUGGGCUUCGGCUCGAAUGCCAUCAUGUCACCAACGGGGGCCAUAGGCUUUGGCGUCUCGACCCCCAACUCGAGCCCUCAGCUCGAGGAUGAUAGUACCUCCGCGGCUUGCAGCAGCUUGGACUGCAAUCGAUGUGUUAGCGAGUGUGGCGCUAGUGAAGCUGGCGAUGUUUGCACCGAUGCAGAGUGCGCUCAAGCUUGCGACGAUGACGACUGCGACGAAGCUGCUGCGCUUUGUACAGACGCCGAGUGUCCAGCCAACGACAUCAUCUCUGAUAAGGACAAAGCUGCUGCCGAUGUGCUGGCGUCUAUUGGGGACGCUUUCAGCCAGGAUGGCAUGCUACCUCCGUCGAUGUCUUCGAUGCCGUCGAUGCCUGCUCAAUAUUACGCAACCCAAAGCUCCUAUCAAAAUGGAGGAAUCCAAGCAGCAACUCCAAGUCAUUUCCACGCCGGCGGGAUGACCAUGUCGAUGGCUCAUUCAAUGAAUAUGGGCAACUCUUUUCAGAGUAAUCCCGACCUCUUUCACACUGCCCUCGAGUCUGUAAUCGACUUUCAGGAUCCUAGCAUGCCUGAGCCCAUAGGAUGGAUGGCACUUGGCUUGCACCUUAACGAUCAUGCACACGCUCAGACAACCUGUAUACGGCCUUGUAUGACAGAGAACCGGAAUUUGCCGACCAGGUGCCCGCUUCCUCACCAAGCGCAUGCUCAUCAAGGUGAACUUGAUUUCUCCUUUUGCAUUCCCGACCCAAGCUCAGGGUUUGUACCUUGCGGCGCUGAGCUCAACGGCGUCGAGGAUUGGGCUAGCCAUUUCCAAGAACAACAUGUUAUUGCGCCAGAAGGAGAGCAUACCAACUAUUCCCAUGCAUCGCAACACUCUUACCCAAACCUGAUGGCGCCGAAUCGUCAGUCUGAUUACCUUCCAGGAGGUCUUCCUGACCCGGCCCAUGCUGCCCAAGGUAAGGAGCCCAGCACAUCUCCUCUAUCAGGGCUCCAGGCGUCUUCGUCCCCACGACCGUCUCCGGCCACUGCACAAACCCAGCCCAGCCCUGAUAAGCCCGGGGCUGAAGUGUUCAUUUGCCAAUGGGUAAUCGCCGGUCAGAUUUGCGGUAUGAGCUACUCGAACGAUGACGCUCUGCAGAUGCAUUGCAAGGAGAGACACAUUGUCAACCUUGGAAAGACAGAUGCAGGAUACAAAUGCUGCUGGGAGGGAUGUGCGCGUGAAGGGCAUUUCACGCAAAAGAGCAAGCUUGAACGUCACCUGCAGACACACACCGGCUUCAAACCGGUCAGGUGCACUAUAUGCGAUACCCCGUUGUCUGCCAAGCAGUCUCUUGCGCAGCACAUGAGGAUUCAUACUGGAGAAAAGCCCUGGACCUGCAAGUUUCCCGAUUGCAAAGCAUCCUUCAAGCAGCAGAGUGCAUUGACAAUGCACCAGCGAACCCACACAGGCGAAAAGCCACUCAAGUGCGAGGUUUGCGGCAAGGCGUUUGGCGAAUCGUCCAAUUUGUCGAAACACAGAAAGACGCAUAACGUGAAGGGUGCUUUCAAGUGUGAUUUCUGUGACAAGGACUUUCAUAGACUGGACCAGAAACGCAGACAUGAGAAGAUUCACCGUAAGGUCGCGGAUGCGCUUAAGGCUGAUAAUUCUACUCCGUCUAUCAAGAAGACACAGGGCGGUCGAGUUACAAAGACAGCAGAUCGAAGAAACAGUAAGUGA